GCCGCGCGGCGCAUCGUGCGGGCGGCGGCGGCGGCGGCGGGCGGCCGGGCGCAAGAUGAUGAAGUUUCGGUUCCGCAGACAGGGCGCCGACCCGCAGCGCGAGAAGCUCAAGCAGGAGCUCUUCGCCUUCCACAAGACCGUGGAGCAUGGCUUCCCCAACCAGCCCAGCGCCCUGGCCUUUGACCCUGAGCUUCGCAUCAUGGCCAUCGGCACCCGGUCUGGGGCUGUCAAGAUCUAUGGUGCCCCCGGCGUGGAGUUCACGGGCCUGCAUCGAGACGCGGCCACCGUCACCCAGAUGCACUUCCUGCCCGGCCAGGGCCGCCUCCUGACCCUGCUGGACGACAGCAGCCUCCAUCUUUGGGAGGUCGUCCACCACAACGGCUGCGCCCACCUGGAGGAAGCCCUCCACCACCAGCCACCCAGUCGCCCGGGCUUUGAUGGUGCCAGUGGCCUGCCCAGCCUCGCCCGCAUCACUGUGGUCCUGCUGGUGGCUGCCGGUGACCUGGCAGCCCUGGGCACUGAGGGCGGAAGCGUCUUCUUCCUGGAUGUUCCCACCCUGACGCUGCUCGAGGGGCAGACCCUUGGCCCGGACGAGGUUCUGCGAAGCGUGCCUGACGACUACCGGUGCGGGAAGGCCCUGGGCCCCGUGGAGUCUCUCCAGGGACACCUGCGGGACCCCACCAAGAUCCUUAUCGGCUACAGCCGAGGCCUGCUGGUCAUCUGGAACCGGGCCGCGCGGUGUGCUGACCGCAUCUUCCUGGGGAACCAGCAGCUGGAGAGUGUGUGCUGGGAGCGCAGUGGCCGCACGCUGGUCAGCUCGCACAGCGACGGCAGCUACGCCGUCUGGGCCACGGACGCCGGCGACUCCCCGACGACACAGCCCACCGUGGCCACCACGCCCUACGGCCCCUUCCCCUGCAAAGCCAUCAGCAAGAUCCUGUGGCGAAACUGUGCGUCGGGUGAGCACUUCAUCGUCUUCAGCGGUGGCAUGCCCCGCGCCAGCUAUGGCGACCGCCACUGCGUGAGUGUGCUCCAGGCCGAGACCCUGGUGACGCUGGACUUCACCUCCCGCGUCAUCGACUUCUUCACGGUGCACAGCACGCGGCCCGAGGACGAGUUCGACGAGCCCCAGGCCCUGGCCGUGCUGCUCGAAGAGGAGCUGGUGGUGCUGGACCUGCAGACGCCCGGCUGGCCGGCCGUGCCCGCCCCAUACCUGGCCCCGCUGCACUCGUCCGCCAUCACCUGCUCGGCCCACGUCGCCAACGUCCCCGCCAAGCUGUGGGCCCGCAUCGUGAGCGCUGGCGAGCAGCAGAACCCCCAGCCGGCCUCGGGUGCCUCGAGCUGGCCUAUCACCGGGGGCCGGAACCUGGCUCAGGAGCCGACCCAGCGAGGGCUGCUGCUGACCGGGCACGAGGAUGGCACUGUGCGGUUCUGGGACGCCUCCGGCGUGGCCCUGCGGCCGCUCUACAAGCUGAGCACCGCCGGCCUCUUUCAGACAGACUGCGAGCACGCCGACAGCCUGGCGCAGGCCGCCGAGGACGACUGGCCACCCUUCCGCAAGGUGGGCUGCUUCGACCCCUACAGCGACGAUCCACGUCUUGGCGUGCAGAAGGUGGCGCUCUGCAAGUACACCGCCCAGAUGGUGGUGGCCGGCACCGCGGGCCAGGUGCUGGUGCUGGAGUUAAGUGAUGAGCCGUCGGAUCAGGCGGUGGGCGUGGCCAGCGUGGACCUCCUCCAGGACCGUGAGGGCUUCACGUGGAAGGGCCACGAGCGGCUGAGCCCACGCACAGGGCCGCUGCCCUGGCCGGCCGGCUUCCAGCCCCGCGCACUGGUCCAGUGCCUGCCGCCGGCUGCCGUCACUGCCGUCACGCUCCACGCUGAGUGGGGCCUUGUGGCCUUUGGCACCAGCCACGGCUUUGGCCUCUUCGACUACCUGCGCAGGAGCCCCGUGCUGGCCAGGUGCACCCUGCACCCCAACGACUCCCUGGCCAUGGAGGGGCCGCUGUCCCGCGUGAAGUCGCUCAAGAAGUCACUGCGCCAGUCCUUCCGGCGCAUCCGCAAAAGCCGCGUCUCGGGCAAGAAGCGCUCGACUGCCGCCAGCAGCAAGGUGGGCCAGGCGGCUGGGCGGCCGGGUGGGGCGACGGGCGGGAAGGCCGGGCUCCCGAGCCUCGUGCCCCUCAAGUUGCAGGAGGCCAACGCGCAGCUGGCGGAGCAGGCCGGCCCCCACGACGUGGAGGUGACGCCCGUGCAGCGCCGCAUUGAGCCCCGCUCGGCCGAUGACUCCCUCUCGGGCGUCGUGCGCUGCCUCUACUUCGCCGACACCUUCCUUCGCGACGCGGCCCACCACGGCCCCACCAUGUGGGCGGGCACCAACUCGGGCUCCGUGUUUGCCUAUGCGCUGGAGGUGCCCGCGGCAGCGGCGAACAGUGACAGGCGGCCCGAGCGGGCAGUGGAGGCCGUGCUGGGCAAGGAGGUACAGCUGAUGCACCGCGCACCCGUGGUGGCCGUGGCCGUGCUGGAUGGACGCGGCCGCCCGCUGCCGGAGCCCUACGAGGCCUCAAGGGACCUGGCACAGGCGCCUGACAUGCAGGGCGGCCACGCUGUGCUUAUCGCAUCUGAGGAGCAGUUCAAGGUGUUCACGCUGCCCAAAGUGAGCGCCAAGACCAAGUUCAAGCUGACGGCCCACGAGGGCUGCCGCGUGCGCAAGGUGGCCCUGGCCACCUUUGCCAGCGUGGCCUGCGAGGACUACGCCGAGACCUGCCUGGCCUGCCUCACCAACCUGGGCGACGUGCAUGUGUUCUCGGUGCCCGGCCUGCGGCCCCAGGUGCACUAUGCCUGCAUCCGCAAGGAGGACAUCAGUGGCAUCGCUUCCUGCGUCUUCACACGACACGGCCAGGGGUUCUACCUGAUUUCCCCGUCGGAGUUCGAGCGCUUUUCCCUGAGCGCCCGGAACAUCACGGAGCCGCUCUGCUCUCUGGACAUCAGUUGGCCCCGUGAUGCCAUGCGUGCCAGCUACAGGCCCCAAGAGUCGCCCAAGCUGAGCCAGGCUAACGGGACCCCUGGCGUCGUCCUGGGUCCACAGAGCCGCAGCGGAAGCCCCGAUCCCACCCGCAGCGAGGGAACUGACACCCCGGAGCUGCCUGAGGCCACGCUCUCACCCACGUCCGUUGACUCAGCCACCAGUGCCGACACGACGCUGGACACGACAGGGGACGUGACGGUGGAGGAUGUGAAGGACUUCCUGGGCUCUUCGGAGGAAUCUGAGAAGAACCUGCGGAACCUGUCAGAGGACGAGGCCCGAGCCUGCCCCAUCCUGAUUGGAUGAGGCACUCAGGAAAGCCAGAACUGCCAGGCCUGCCCUGUUCGGAGCUGGGACCCAGGACCCCAGCCCUUCAUGUAGACCUGCACCUGCUAAUCUCAGGCUCCAGCGGGACCUGCCCAGCCUGGCCCCGGAGGCCACCCGGGAGGUCAGGUGCCACAGGGGAGGGCAGCUGGGGCUCACAGCCCCGUCACCUCCCAGGCGACAACACCGUCCUUUCCCUCUCCUUUUGCAAAGAGUAUUUUUCUAACGCCUGUGCCAGGCACCACAGUCAUUUCUAAAACUAUUUUGGUACGUGCUCCCGGGCCAGCACCCCCAAGCCCCCCCCCCCCCGCAGGCUGUGCACGAGAGUGUGUGUGUGUUUCUGACUGAGAGCUCCACCAGGAGUGUGUGUGUGUGUGUGUGAGCUCCACCAGGAGUGUGUGUGUGUGUGUGUGUGUGUGUGUGUGUAGCGGGGGUCAGGAUGGGUUUCCUUGUAGAUUGUACCCUGGGUUUUUUUUUCCUGUCAUUUUGUUAAAAUUAGCAAUUUUAAUAUUAAAAAUACUGAUUUUUAAUAUUGAAAAUAAAAGCAUUUAAUAUCUCUUAAAGGGCAACCACACCUGCUUUUAUCCCUGGCAGAAGAAGGGGCAUCACACGUGAGCUCACGGUGGAGAUCCACUUGCCCAGGCCCCUGGGGGCACUGGUCAGGGUCACUCUCGUUGCUGCUGCUGGGGACUGUGGCACUGGGGUCAGGUGGAGGACAGACAGGCCCUUUCUCUCCCUCCGCAGAGCCUGUGGUGGCCAACAGGGCAGGCAGGCAGCGGCCCUAGGCCAGGGCCGGGCGGAAGGUGCUCCAGGCGUGGAAGCAGCGGGUGAAGGCGUGCUGCUCGUUGCCCUUGCGCACCAGGCGCAGGCGGCGGGGACGCUCGUGCUCCUUGGAGCGCAGGUGCUGGAUGUACACCUGGCGGGCGGGACGGGUGAGUGCGCACCUGCAGCCUCAGCCCCUCCCCCCAGGCCCAGCCGCGGCCCCUCCCCCACUCACCUGGCAGGCCUUCAGGCUCAGCUUGAUCUCCACCUGGCUUGUCUGCGUCCCCACCCACAUGUAGACCUGUGGGGACAGCGGGGGAGGUGGCCGCCCGGCCUCAGAAUUCCCAUCCGGGGACGGCAGGGCUCCCCGGGGCAGGGCCGAGGGGCUCUCACCUCUUGGCCGUUGUCCAGGAGCAUGAUGUCAUCAUCUGCUAAGUCGUCCUGGCAGAAGUCAGAGCACUUCUCGGUCACCGCGAAGUAGCCCUUCUCGUUGGAGCACCUGGGGUCAAGGGUCACGGAGAGGCCGAGGGUCACGGCAGCGGGGCCGGGACUGAGGGGGACACUGGGGGCUGGGGCGGGGCUGUCCUCACCGGAAGAGCCGCGUGUGCUUCAUAUACUCGGCGUCGUCGUCGUAGGGCUUCUGUGCCCCGAUGCCCACCCAGAAGAAGUUCUCAGGCUCCCCGCCCUCGUUGAUGACCUGGGGGAAAGGUCGGUCAGCGCGGGCUGGCAGCCCACCCCCAGCCACCCAGUGUGCACCACCACCCCGCUCACCUGCUUGCUGUAGGAGGCCUCAAACAUGCUAUUCAGGAUGUCCUCCGCCAGCUUGGCCUCGUCAGGGUCCGACGCCCGGCCCACCCACGCGUACACGAUGCCCUGGUUGUCCUCGCUCUCGAAGGGAACCUGGAUGUGCGGGGCCCAGGUCACGCCCCGCCCCGCCCGCAGCCCCGCCCCCCGCCGCGCCAGGCCCCACCUUGAGGAUGAAGCAGAACUCGGAGUUGAGGAGGCCAGAGUCGGUGCUGAUCUGGAUGCACCUGGGGGAGGGCAGGGGUCAGCAAGGAGCCCGGGCGGGACACGGCCCGCCGGCCGCCCGCGCCUGCUCCCCGCGGCCAGGCACCGGGUGCAGAGGGCGCUGCCGUUGGUGCGGAUCUGGUACAGGCUUGGCUGCAGAGCUCCCUGGGCCGCCUUCCUCUUGCCCCGGUGGAUGAUAAACUUUCUCUUGAAAUGGGACAGAAACUUGGGGUUCUCCUGCUGCUGUGUCAUGCGCACCACCUGGGGGCACAGAAGCCGUCAGGGGCAGCUCCCUGGGGGGGCAAGGCUCCCCUGGGUGAGUCCCAGGGACACCCCCUCCCCGUGUUCUGGGGGUGCGGCCGGCACACCUCCAGUUUGCCGGGGAAGAGGCUCUCAAACUUCUUCUGCAGGCUGAAGGUGAACGUCAGCCAGCCCAUGUUGGAAGCCUCGCGGCCCUGCCAGAAGUACACUAUGCACUGGAAGUCCUCCUCGGGCUGCUUCUCCUCUGCCUCGGCCGCCACCUCCUCUCCCUCGUCCUCAGCCCCCGCCUUCUUCUCCUCCUCCUCCUCAUACUCCACGGGGACCCAGUACCUGUGGGGCCAGAGGGCAGUGGUCAGGGCUGAGCCCCCAGCACCAGGGGGGUGGGGCGUGAGGGGCACGCGGGGGAGGCACCUGCAGAGGAACACGUAGCAGUCCUGCGUGUAGAAGUGGCCAAACUCCUCCUCGGGCAGCCGUGCGAACUUCUUCCCCUCGAGCACGAAGCCCUCCAUGCCGUCCAGGUCCUCGUUCCACUCCUCCAUCAGCUGCUCCGCCUGCGUGCGACCCCACCCGUCAUGGUGGGACAGCCCAGCCCAGCCAGCCCGCCCUGCGCCCCAGCCCCCCAGCGCCGUGCCCACCUCCGCCAGAGGCAUGCGCGGCUGCCGCGGCAGGAAAAGCGAGGUGAGGUCGGCCUUCAUCUGAUCUUUCUUCUCGGCGUCACGCUUCACCUUCCCCGCGAGCCCCGGGCCCUGCAGCACAGCCUCUGCAUUGCGCGUGUAGUCCACAGUCAACACAUCGUCCCAGUUCUUGAACUUGGCCUUGAACACCUGAGAAGGCACAGCUGGAGUGGGAGACAGAGGAGGCGGGGCCUGGGGAAGCAGGGUGGGGCCCAGGAAUUGGGAGAGGUGUGGCCUAGCAACCUACGGGGACUAGGAGUGGGGGUGGGGGCGGGGCAUGGGCGGGGCCCGGGAAGCUGUGGAGCUUGGUAACCAACCGGUCCACAGAGGGUCAGGGCAAGAACGCGCCCGCGGGAUCUCGGGGAGGCGGCCUCCGGGGGCACCGCAUCGCACACCUGCGCCUCGGUGCCCUCCAGGCUGCGGCUGACCGCGGCAUGGCGCGGCCGGUGCAGCAUCCCGCACAGCUCCUGGCCCAGCUUGAGGGCGGCAGCGCGCACCAGGCGCGGGGACUUGCGGCCGAGCCAGAUGAACACGUCAGACCAACAGUCCAGGAUGUACACGCAGCGCGUGUCCAGCAGGCUCUGCAGCUGCGGGGCCCCGGAGGCUGGAGGUCAAGACCAGGGCCACCAGCAAGAAGGGAUCCAGCCCCCACGCCCUCCUCCCCGUGCGUCUCACCAGCCGCAUCCCAGGCAUCAGUUCCACCCUGGGCCGUAUCUUAUGUUCCACAGAGAGCUUGUAGUUGAUCUGCGGCAGCUCCAGGUAGCCCAGACCCAGGCCCACCUGGCAGGAGCAAGAGGUGGGCUUAACCAGGCUGGGUCUGGGGAACACAAGCCCCGGCCACAACAGCCCCUGCUUCAGGCUGGCCCCUGCGCUCAGGUCCACAGCCUGCUCCUCUCUCCACCCCAAGAUGCUUUCUAGAAAACCCUAUCAGUGGAAGAAGGACUGGUAGACGGUGCCUUCCCUACCCGCCCUCUCCAGGUCCUUAUGAGUUUCUCUAACCUGUCCUCUUUCCGCCCACAACACCUACAGCACGAAGGCCAGGUCCCCAGGCCUGGCACCCAUGUGCUUCUUGGCCUCCCUCUCCAGCCCCGCCUUCCUGGAAGCACAGAGCCCAACACCGGUGCCCCCCGCCCCACUCAGAGCCUGCCUCAGACCCGUGCUGAGCUACUCCUUGCCCAGAAGGUGGCACCCUCUCCCCGCCGAGGUCCCGAAGGAGGCCAGUGCAGUCAGGCCAGCCCCGCGCCCCCGGUUCACCUUAUACAGCUUGGGCUGGGGCGGCCAGAAGUCGUCGGGCACGUGCUGCUUGAUCUCGGAGGGCUCCCCGCCCAGCGCCUCCCAGAACUCCGGGGGCUCCUGGCCUUGUGCCAGCAGCGAGAUCUCCGCCUUCCCUUUGCGUUCAUUCUUGUUAAUUUUCUCUGCAAAGAGCCUGAGGGCGGGUGCGAAGCCUUAGUGAUGAAGCCCACGCCUCCUCCCUGGGUGACAGUUUUCCUCUGCACGGUACACCCCAGCACAUCUGGGCAGGUCACAGUCCUCUUACCUGGCCUUGGUGGUGCCGCUCAGCGUGGCCUGGGCCCCCCGCCACACGUAGAUGUCCAGCCCUUGGUCCAGCAGGAAAACAAACCUGGACAGGAGGAGUGGGAGGGGCUGCCAUUGGCCACAGCAACGACCGCCCCCAUGCCUCUGACCCCGCCCCAAAUCCCUCCUUGCAGGACCUCCUGCCAAGCUCUGCAGGACAUGAGCUGGAAGGCCUCUCUGUUUAGAGCCAAGCCCUGCCCCCACCGGUGGGGAGAAGGUUCGGGGUGAAGCACCCCACCUCACGUCAUGGGGCUCACCUUGGGUCCAGGGAGGCCCCCUUAAGAGGCACGGGCUCCAACUUGAGGUUCUUUUUCCCAUACACACGGUACAUCCUGGGGGCCAGAGCAAGAGUGGCUUGGCGGGGGCACCAAGGGGCAGAUCUACCCCAAUACCCUCCCCCCAUCCUGCCCAGCUGAGUCCAGGUCACUGCCGCCCACAUGCCCCUCACCUGGUUACGUAGUGCGUGUCCUCCACAGUGUAGAAGCCACUGGCUGUUCCACCCUCGAUGUAGGAAAUGUCGUUGUCAAAUACCUGCGUGUGGGGCGUGCGGACUUUCACUGAGCUGGCCCCCCGACCCCCACCCAACACCACCUGUCAGGAGGGGCGGACUUGCGUGUAGCCGAGUCAGAUGCUGUGAAUCCACGACGAUGUUAAAAAUACAAGAUCUGUGUCUACAGACGUAA